AAUGUGUCGUAAACUGACAACAGCUGUCGUGAUUAUGCUUGCGCUGUCCUUUCCGCUGUGCCGAUACUACAACCUAAACUAACUAGAGAAACUUUUGAUCCACUGUCUAACAUGCUUUUCAACCUGAGUUCAGGAUAUCUGAGAUGAUCUGAAAGUACGUCGUUUCAAGCUUCAACCAUCCCAGUUGUGCAUGGAAGCCUGAGGAUGAGUUGCUGGCAGCGAGGCUCUAACGUCAAAGAGUACGUGUCCCAAAACCCUCCAGGGGCAACGUUCUUCCUGUGCCUUUUAACUCUAGCGUUGUCAUUCAUGGUCCUCAGCUCUUACAACUACUCUCACACACUACCUAACCCUGACAUAGCACAGGACUGGAACACUUUACUUUCAUCCUUCUCCCAGUUUCACUUGUGUGAGAAGGAAAAUGCAAGUGCUGCAUUCUACACAUCCUCAAUUCCUCCACUGAGUUCAACACAGAAAACGGACCAAAAAACAUCAGUAAAUACAACAAGACAUCCCUCUUCUGUCACUGUUGUGCAGCUCCAUGUUCCUCUGACUGUGACUUCCUCCUCACCAAGUGCCAUGCUGAAAGACAUUGGUUUAUUUACUACAUUAACAGCCAGUCAGCUUAAUCUUGGAGACAAAGAACCUGUUAAUUUGGCACUGGAGAUUUUAUCUGAAGACAGUAAACACAUAUGCCUCACUAUAAGUGCGCCAGCAAACAUCCUGCCCUUGACUCUGUUCCACCUUGAGUGCUCUGCAUCAGAGACAAAUAUUACCAACAUUCCUGUGGAAGUGACCAAACAGCUGCCAGCGUCCUCUCAAACCUGCUACAGCUUGCACUUUAAGAGCGACCCUGCAUUGACGGUCAUGUUGACCCUGGAAGAGCAAAGGGUGGCAGCGCAACAUCUGGUGGAAGUUGCCGUGUGUCUGCUUGGUGUUUGUUUGAUUCUCUGUGUAGCUGCAAGCCUGAAAAAUAAUAUCACACGUCGGGACUUUCUAAAAGUGGAAGACUCCCAAAAUGAACCUUUGAUUGAAAGCUGAAGAACUUGUAUUGUUCAGUGAAGAGAUGUGUUGGUGGAUGGAACAACAAAACAUGCGAAUACUUUGGCAACACACCAGUUUACAUAGUGUAGUUUGCAUUGCACUGUUAUUGCUGCUCAACUUGUGAAAACAAUGCCCCUAUGUCCUAAAUAAAGUAUUUACAUAAAAGCUUUGACAAUUUUCAAGCUUAACUCAUACACGACUGCAAGUUUAAAAUAUUUUAAUCUCUUUUGAAUGAGUGUUAAAAAAUUUCACACAGGUGCCCAAGCUAUGUGAAUGUGUACCUGUUAGGAAAAAAAAGGACGAGUUGCAACUGUGGUGUAGUAGAGAUAGCUCCUCUGAUACGCCACAUGUGCUAUUUGAGUCAUCUGAUGUGUUUUUGAUAUCACUAUAUGAUUGAAUAAUUGUACAAAGUGCCUAUUUCUGUGAUAUUUGUCUCCAAAACAUGUGUACAACUUCUAUUUGUGAGCCUUUUCUUUAAUGAUUGCGUUAAAUGCAGACAUAAAAUUAUUUGUACUAAUAAUUACCCUGGUCAACUUUUGCCAGUUUUACUAAACCGUAUUAUACGAUACAAUAAUCCAAACUCAGCACUUUUAAGUCUUGUCUUCAGAGGAAAAUAUAUUGUAGCUGGUCACCAAAAUUUGUUCUUGAUUCAGUUUUCAGUCUGUUUCUACCAGUGGUUAUUAAAUUCUUCUCUAACAUG